AUGGGAGCCUCCAAUGGGGCGCCGGUGCCUUGGAGCGUCGCCUGCGACUCGCCGUGCUGCGACAACUCCCACAACUUCCUGGUGGAGCCGCACCAGGCGACGAGGCUGGGCAUUGCCAUCGCGACCGUGGAGAACCAGUUCAAAGAGGCGGACGUGCCGUCGGAUAUGAAGGGCUUCACCCGGAUGGAGGUGGUGUGCUCGUCGGAGCUGGACACCUACCGCAUCAACCGCUGGUCCAAGGACGAAACCGAUAUGAGGCUAAGCCAACACCUCGAGGCGCUGCCGCCGAACGUGUCCUCGAUGAUGCCGCUGGCUCCCCCUGAAGGAUAUCUCGCUGACAGCCCAGACGGCCAAACCGUGCUGGACCUCGGGGAUACCGCUGAGCUGCUGGAAGACUUCGACCCGUCCGGACGGGACUGA